AAUCAAGGUAUAUAAGGAGGUUUGUUGGAGUUCUUAGUAUGUUCCCACCAGCAUAAGACUGAAAAUGACUUCCCUGCGAUUCACUGCUGUCCUGAGCAUCUUCUGCUGCUUUCUCGCUUUUGGAAACACAGCUGAGGUAGGCCCGAGAAUGCUACCGAUUGACAAGUCAAAUUCAUCAAACUGGGCACAUUGUGGACCCAAGAAUGACCUUGUCAUCAAAAAUCUUAACUUCCCAAAUACCAUUUACGUACCUGGAUCCGUCACAGUCUCUCUGUUGGGUGAACUGAAGGUGCCAAUAGAAGCUCCUCUCCGAAUUGAGGUUCAAGUGAAGAAAAGGGCCGUCUGGUUUUGGAUGAAAGUGCCUUGUUUGUUUAAGUAUGGCAGUUGUACCUACCGUAACAUUUGUGAGAAACUGAAUAAGGUCUUUCCAGGAAAUUCUUGCCCAUCCCGAAUUGUGUCAUAUGGAGGGUCCUGCCGCUGCCCCAUCAAACCAGGUGUGCUGAAUGUUCCUCCAACUACUUUUCACAUCCCAAAAGUGAGACUUCCUAGCUUUCUAGCUGGUGGCACUUACAAAGUCCAAAUCAAAGCUAUUAGUGGGAAGAAGGAGAUUGUCUGUUUUCAGACUACAGUUUCAAUGAAAUUAAAAUAGUCAUGUGUGUGUGGGGGGUUAAUAAUAACAUGGAAAACCGUCUGUCUGCAUGAAUAAAUCUAUGAGCUAAUCAAUGAAGCGUCAUACUGUUUAAAUGACACAAUGUAUAAAAAAAUUAAAAUGUAUGAAUAAAAGCAAUGUCAUUGGCAAGCAACAUCAACUGAGGUAAUUUAUUAAAUGAAAAAAAGCCUUUGAGACAUUGACUAUACAUCAAAAAGUCUAACUCGGGCUUCAUAUGUGUUGUCAUUCUACUGAAACCAAAACUGUGGUCCUGCUGCCUCUGACAAUGUUAAAUGUCAAAACAAGUGGCUUUAAACUCUGCAUAUUAUACUGACUGGCAGAAUAAAGACAAAUGCUUGAGCAAGACAAUGUGUUAUUAGAUUCUUUUACAUAUUUUCAUUAUCUCUCGGCAAGAGGAUUUAAUCAUUAAAAAGUUCCUGAAAAUACAGUAUUCAAAAAUCAAUGCGUGCAUUUUAAUUCAGGUUUUCGAAAGGAUCCAGGCAAAUUGUGGGAGCAAACUAAUGUGUUAUACAUUAUCAGAAAGCUACUUAAUCCCAGCAAGAGGCACAAAAACUGUAGACAGGUCUACAAAUACACAGGCAUAUAGUACAGGGGUAAUUUAAAGACACGGAUCAAUAUACAUUUAGCAGCAUGUCUUUGUGAGGUAGCAGGGGAACCCACAAAAAACUGAGGAGAGCACAGUCUAGAAUUUAAAUUUCUUGUUUUACAAUCUCUCCAGUGUACUCUGGAAAAUUAUAGUACAUGUCACUUGCAAACAUUUACUGUAUGUGGGGUUAUUGUUUUGUUGUGUUGCAGUAAGCUUUAUAUAAGAUCAUAACACACUUACUGUACAUACUGGAUUGUCAAAAUAUGUUAGGCACCCAUUCCUGGCACAAAAUCCCAAGAAUGAUGUUAUAGAAAAGAAUUAAUUGAGUAAUGACAAGGUGGUUAGUGUCCCUGCAUCAGAAUUCAGAGGUUCUUGUAGCCUUGGGCAUAAGUGUUUGGGGAAAUUGCAUGUUCUCAUAAUUGUGUUAUUUUUUGCCAGGUGCUCCUGUUUGUGUAACAUUCUAGAUUUUAAUCUCAAUGAACGUGGUUUUACAAUAAAGGUUGGAAAAUA